AUGUCUUCCCCUGAAAUUGCUUCCCUUUCAUGGGGGCAGAUGAAAGUACAAGGCUCUACUAAAAUCUAUAAGGACUGCAAAGUGUGGCCAGGGGGAAGUCGGGAUUGGGAUUGGAGAGAAACAGGAACUGAGCAUUCUCCUGGUGUGCAGCCUGCAGAUGUGGAGGAAGUUGUCAAGAAGGGCGUGCAGACACUUGUGAUUGGCCGAGGGAUGAGUGAGGCCUUGAAGGUGCCCCCAUCAACCCUGGAGUACCUUGAGAAACAAGGCAUUGAUGUACGAGUACUCCAGACAGAGAAGGCCGUAAAGGAGUACAAUGCCUUGGCUGCCCAAGGUGUCAAGGUCGGAGGGGUCUUCCAUUCCACCUGCUGA